AAUCUUUUGUAAUUUUUUACUUUAUGUUGACACAACUAUGUGUUUUUGCUCGUGUGUAUAUAUAUAUAUCCGAUCUCUGCUCCAAACGAUACUGUUUCAAAUUCCCCACAAAAACUCGAUUCAGUUCAAGAUCAUCAUCACCGUCCCAUUUCUCGAUGCUUCCAUAAGGAAGGCCGCCGAGGGCAGCGAUGGUGUUCCUGCGGUGUGGGAAAAGGUUCAAGCACUACAAAGGCGGCGGUGUGUGCCGGAAUUGAACAAGUCUCUGUACUCGUUGCGGCUCGUGCGUCAACUCUGGCUAUGUCUCUGUAUCGGAACGCCUCCGGCGACCCCACCGGUCCAUUGUAAUUUGGGGAUUUCGUAUACUCUUUUGAAGUUACACAAGCUGAACCUCCAAAUUCUAAAGAGGCCAUUAAAUGGUUUUAUCAGGCUUCAUUUGCGGUCCAUUUCUAUGCUUAGUGCCAACUUGCGCAGUGUUUGCAUCAAGGUCGUGGAGUGGAUCAAAAUCUAGCAGAAGGGUUAUGCGGUGUUCUCCAAGUCUGUUCUUUCUAAACGAACUUUUUGUCACAUUUGAAAUCAGGUUACCAUUGCAAUAUUCUAUUUUUAAUUGCACUUCCAAUUCUUGAUGAUAAUCCAUCAGUACUUUCUACUUUGAUCUCACUACCAUUUGUUGACUAUUGUAUGCAUUUAUGUGUGAACCUUGUUAUGAUUUUAAUACUAUCUUGGCUGUAUAUUUAUGUAUUUAUUUACUUUUAGCA